UUGCAGGCCAGCAGAAGCCGUUGCGAGCCAAUUGAAAUACCGCUGUGUAAAGAUAUCCCCUACAAUUACACCUAUUCCGCGAACUCGCUACUUCAGUCCGAACAACACAGUCUACAGACCCAUACGGAACACUUUAAGCCGUUGAUCAAGACAAAGUGCAAUCCACAUAUCAAGUUUUUUGUAUGCAGCGUAUUUGCGCCGAUGUGCCCGGAACAUAUGCCACAAGCGGUUACCAGCUGUCGAUCUGUAUGCGAAGAGGUACUUGUUCUUAACCUGUAA